AAAUGUUAUAUUUUUCUCGUUUCUCUUACCUAUAAGUAAUACGAGUAGCUAAAUUUGAAUCGUUUUCAGAAAUCCUGAGUGAAACGAGCGAUGAAGAGGGACUUUUACCCACAUAUGACUUAAAAGGAACAGCGAAGGACCCCGAACUAACUUUCCUACCGGAGAAAUCUAAAGAAAAAUAUUUAAGAGCGUACGAGAAUUUUAAUAAAUGGCGACUUGAAAAUAGUGAAAACACUUUGUCGGAAACUGUACUAUUAUCGUAUUUUAUGCAGUUGUCUCAGACGAAGCAACCACCCACCAUGUGGAGCAUUUACUCGAUGCUGAAAGCCACGAUAAAAACCAAGGAUGACGUGCAUAUUGAGGAUUAUAAAGAGCUAGUAACAUUUUUGAAAGGAAUGGCAGUGGGACACAACCCGAAGAAGUCCAAGAUAUUUACUUCAGCUGACAUAGAUAGAUUUAUAAAUGAAGCUCCGGACAAAAUAUAUCUUGGUGCAAAAGUCAUACUUAUAUUGGGAAUAAACGGAGGAUGCCGUACGAAUGAACUUCUGAACCUUACCGUCGAUGGGAUCGAAAAACAUUCAGAAACCCUGUUAUUAAUAAAAUUGCCAAACAACAGAUCUUUCGUCGUUCGUCAGGAAUACGUAAAGAUCGUUGAGCAGUAUAAAUCUUUACGGCCACCCAAUACAAAAACUGACCGAUUCUUCUUGCAGUAUCACAAGGGCCAGUGUUCAAGACAGCCAAUGGGUAUUAAUAAGAUAGGCGGGAUACCGCGUGACAUCGCAAAAUAUUUGAAACUUGCAGACCCUCAGCUUUACAAUGGCCAUUGUUUUAGGCGAACGUCAGCCACGCUUAUAGAGGAUUCGGGAGCGGAUCUCAGCUUAUUAAAACACCAUGAUUAUACCCGUCCGGGUACAUCUAGAGAAACAAACAGCGAAAGUCAGCCUAUGUCGAAAAUUUGGAAAACAUGACCGAGACGAGCGAUGACGAGGGAAUUUUAAACCCAGAUGAUUUAAAAGUAACACCGAAGGACCCAGAAUUGACUUUCCUCCCGGAGAAAUCUCGAGAGAUAUAUUUUAGAGCAUACGAUAACUUCAAUAAAUGGCGGCUUGAAAAUGAUGUAAAGACUUUAUCGGAAACUGUGAUGUUAUCGUAUUUCAUGCAUUUGUCUCAGACGAAGCAACCGCCGACAAUGUGGAGUAUUUACUCGAUGCUGAAGGCCACGAUGAAAAUCAAGGAUGACGUGCAUAUUGAGAGCUAUUCAGAACUCAUAACGUUCUUGAAAGGAAUGCAAGUGGGGCACAACCCGAAAAAGUCAAAAAUGUUUACAUUCUCUGAGAUAGAUAAGUUUAUUAAUGAAGCCCCGGACAUAAUAUAUCUAGGCGCAAAAGUGAUCCUCAUAAUUGGAAUCAACGGCGGAUGCCGUACUAAUGAACUCAUGAACCUUACUGUCGAUGGCAUCGAAAAACAUUCAGACACCCUGAUGUUAAUAAAACUGUCAAACUCAAAGACGAGUACUGACAGAUCCUUUGUUGUUCGUGAGGAAUAUGUCAAGAUUAUCGAGGAGUAUCAAUCUUUACGGCCACCCAAUACAAAGACGGACCGAUUUUUCUUGCAGUAUCACAAGGGCAAGUGUAUAAGACAACCAAUGGGUGUGAAUAAGAUAGGCGGGACACCGCGAGACAUCGCAACGUAUUUGAAACUUCAAGACCCUCAAGAUUACACUGGGCAUUGUUUUAGGCGAACAUCGGCGUCGCUUUUGGCGGAUUCGGGGGCUGACCUCAGCUCUUUAAAACGCCAUGGCGAUAUUCGUCCGGGUACAUCGAGAGACACAUACGCUGAAAGUCAACCUAAGCCGAAAAUCUGGGUCUGUAUUGACCCCCCAGAAACUUAAGUGUCGGUUAUGUUCACGAAUAAAGGGUAAACGUAGCAACAUUGAAGUUGGCGAUGUCAUUGAAAAUGAUUGACGGAAUGAACGUUCUUAUCCGUUCCAUCGUCGUACGAAUGACAGCUUAACAUUCUUAGUCAUAAUUUAUUAUUACUAUAAUGUUAACAAGUUGACUCGACGAUCCUUGUGUCGAUUCAAUAGUCGUGUCAGAAGCGAAUGGUCUCAUAGGGAGGAAAUGGACUUCGAGAGACUCUCGCUGGGUGGUUGGAUUGGAUCAAGGGUCAAAUGCAAAAGGCGGUAAUCUUAGACUCGGGCCACGGCGUAAUAGUCCAUUGGAUCCUCACAUUGCGGCUCUGACCACCGGCAGCUUGUGCCGCGCCCCGCUGCUGGCGGUACCCUAAGUUAAGUUUUUUAUAAUGUGUUUCUAUGUAUUUUGUAUGUGAUUUAUAUUUUACCCUUAUAAUUGUAAUCGUUUAUUACAGUAUUAACCUAAUUAAUUGCAAUUGAUCAUUAUGUAAGCUAAUGUUAGACGAUAUUUACUAGUUGAUGUCGAAUGUAGGAACUUUAGACAAUUAAAGCGUUUUUAUAAAAAUAACCAAUAGGUUACAAAUUACGCCUUAUAAGUCAUAGAAAUUUAAUGAUCUAAUAUUGCAUGUAUAAACAUAAUAUAUCGACUCCAUGAACGAUAGUUUUCGUAUAAAGAACUUCGUCGCAGAUUUCGUUUUCGGCAGAUUUAGAUUAAGUUGUAUUUAAUGCUAAGUAGGGUAGGGGCUGUUGGGUAAUUCAGUCAAGAAUUUAUUACUUUUUGUUUACAGUGUGUACUUUUUUCAGUAACGUGUAACGCUGGUAUUGAUAAAGUAGUAAAUUUAUAAACUUUCUGAACUUCAACUAGUUAUAUAAUACGAGUCUGUAUCAACUACACUUUCAAAUUCUUAAUAUAAAUAUUUAAAUAACGAGAUGAUUUUAUUUUACCAAUUUUUUA